AAGACGUACAAAAAUUCCAAUUCGAAGACAUAUAACUAUGGUUUUCACAAGAGACGACUUCAUGGUGCCAGAGAUUCCUUUUGAUCUCGUGAUUGACAUCAUGAGGAGAUUGCCUGCUAAAUCGCUUAUGAGGUUCAGGUUUGGUAUUACCAACUAUGGAAGACAUGGGAGUAGUAGACAGGAUGGUGAUUCUUCGCGGUUUGAUUUUAUACACUUUUUGCAGAAAAGCAUGUAUCUAUAAUCCUGUCACUAGACAAAGUUUAACCUUACCAGCCAACAUUUGUGCUCAACCAGAACUUCGUCGUCAUAAGACUGUCAACUACUUUUUUGGACAUGAUCCUGUUCUUGAUCAAUACAAAAUAGUCUGCAAUGUUUUUGAGAUGUGGGAAACCUCCAAGUUUUGGGUCUUCGUACUGGAACCAGGAGGUUUUUGGAAAAGAAUUGAGGAUGAUGAUAAACCUCACAAUCCUUCUGGACGAGGACUAUGUAUCAACGGAGUUAUAUAUUAUCUUGCUUACAAUAAUAACGCAAGUAUCAAUCUCAGUAUCAAUGUCGUUUACUGUUUUGACGUUAGGUCUGAAAAGUUGCGUGUGAUCCAAGCACCACGUGAGGUGUCUCCGAUUGGUAGGCGCCUUAGUUUCAUAGAUCAUGGUGGGAAACCCACACUCUUUGAUUUUACACUUAUUGGAGAAACGGGUGUGUCGGAGUUGUGGGUCUUGGAGGACGGUCUGGUUGGAACAUGGUCCAGGAAGUCUCUGGUUUUGAAGCCUUGUCAGAGGCAUUUAUUAGAUGACAUCAUUGUUGGUUGGAUGAUGUUGCAUGGUACAGGUCAGAACAAUCAGGUUAUCUUGGAGUUUCCUCAUCGUUGUUACCUUUUCUGUUACGAUUUGAUAAAGAAUGAUUUGAGAAAGGUUAAUAUCAUUAGAGAAAGUACGUACAUGCAAAUCAAGCUUAUGGAUAAGUGUGACAGCAUCAUGCACUUGGAAAUUUGAUUAUCAUUAUCUAUUUGUGUUUUUUCCUAUAAUAAUUUCGUUUUCUUUUAUUGUUUAAUAACAUCAGUCCGGAUGAGACUAGUUCUGUUGAUAUGGGUGAAUUUUUGAAACUUUAAGUGCU